AUGCUUAAUUUCUGGCACAACGUCGGCGAUACCAGCUCCAGGCUUGUGGAGCUCCACGACGACGGUGACGAGUCAAUACCGGGCCUGACGACAGCAGAGGAAGCGAUACCACUAAGCGCCCCUGCAUCGAAAACAUAUGCCCUACCGGCACAAUGGGAGCCGCACAAAGACCGGAUCCGCCAGCUAUACCUAGAUGAGAACAAGCCCCUGAGGGAAGUGAUGGAAAUAAUGGGUCGGGACUACGGGCACUUUGGUAGUAUCAAACAGUAUAAGAACAAAAUCCGAGAGUGGCGGUUUGAUACCAAGUACAAGAGACAUCAAACCUCUCGGAAGAGACAGAAUAAGCGUCCCAGACGACUGCCUCCGGUGGUAGCGGAUCACUUGCUGGCUUCUCUGGCUGAUUCUCAACCUCCUGAUGCCCAAAAAGCCGAUGACAAUAUUCUCGAACCUCCCGACAUUGAACUACACGCCAACGACUUCUCUUUUCCAGCUACUAAUGCUGGCGCUGGAUACGACGGUGACUACGUUUUCCAAGCCUCGGAUGCUUUGGACUCCCUCGACCACACUCUCCAAGCCCCAGCAGACAACGAGAAGAAUGGGCAUCUCUCACUACAUCGUCGGCACUCCCUCGCCCUAUCGCAGUCAGUCGGGAUACGGUCUGGCAGGUCAGCCACGCCGCCAAUGUCCAUCGCAGAACGAAUCUUCGCGUUGGCUCAGCGACACAUCGAGACGUCUUUCACAUACGGCGUCUGGAAGGUAGACAGCAGUAAUAACGUCUGCACAAGCAUGACAUGCACAAAAGAAGAGAUGGACCUGCCGGAGAUGUAUUUCGACCUCAUACGCUCUGCCGUCCUACUCUUCGAGCAAGGCUCAACCACCGAAGGGCAGCACGUCGUAUCGAAGGCAUUCGCGCUGGUGAAACCGAUCCUCAAGAGCGGCAACGUGCGCGCCCUCAACUUCUUCUGGACCUCCCUGGUCUUCCUCGUCCAGUUCGGCCACGCCGCAAUCGUCGUCCGCCUGAUCAGCUUCAUCUACGAGAUGGCCCGCAUUGUGCUCCACCCCGAGCACCCCGUCGUGCACAUGUUCAAGCUCCUAACUGCGAUUGAUCUGUCGGAGCUGGAAUCCCUUGUCCACAACACAUGGCAGAUCACCGCGGACGCCUUCCAGCAGGAGCUGCCGAGGCUUCAUCCGGAGUACGUGCGCCACCAGUGCGAUCUCAUCUUCCGCAUGUAUGGCACCCGGGACGCCGCCACCGCCGAGCAGCGCCUCCGCAAGCUUCUCGAGGACUGCGAGAAUACUAUGCCGCAUCAGGUACCGGAACUCAGCCGCCUGACCGUCCUUAACGCGCUUGGAUACAACUUCAUGAACUCCAAGGACUGGGUGAGCGCGGUCAACAUCGGGCAGAAACUCGAGGACCGCGCGCGGCACGCGCCGCAGGAUGGAAAUGAGAGCCGUGGCGAUGACGAUGUUGAUCUGCUCGUCUACCUCAUCGGGGGCAUGGAGAUCCAAGCCCGGGCGUUCAAUGAGCUGAAGCUGAUCAUGCCGGCGGUAAAGUGUCUAAAGCAGGCAACGCCGCUGAUUGCGGAGCAUUGGGGGGAUAGCGACCCCUGGCGCAUCGAGCUUAUGGCCUUGCAGCAGAACUGGCUGCGAGAGAACGGCGAAAUCAAGGCGGCGGAUGAGUUGAAGGCAGAGAUUACGAGGAUUACUGAGAGGCUUGAUACGGACUAG